UAUGUCUAGUACGUAUCUAGUAGCAAAAGAUCUUUAGGUCUAUUAUUUUCAUGAUAUAAUAUAAACCAGUGCAAUUCACGAUGCGCACGGUCGUAUUUUUAGUAUUUUCAAUUGCAUUUUCGAUGGCUGAUUUAGAUUUUAAUUCAAAGACUAGAAAUUUCAGCGUCGAACUUUUAUAUCAUGCCUUGCAAGAUGUAAAUGAAGAUGUUAAUGUUGUGUUAUCACCUUACGUUAUUUGGUCUUUGCUAGCAAGUGUAGCGUACGAGACUUUGGGAGCUACCCGGGAGCAAGUUUCAAAGGUAUUUCUAUUAACGGAGGAUAGAAGUGAAUUUGUGGAACAGUUUGAGAAUCUACAAACAACGGUGCUCGUGAAUGAAGAAGGUGUGAAUGUAACAUCGCAUAAUUACCUUUAUUAUGACGAAGAUUUACAUUUACAUUCAGACAGCAUAAGCAGACUAGAAGGAGAUUUUAGUUUUAUUACUCGGAAUUUCAGUUUUAAAAAGGCAAAAGAAGCACUUUCCCCGUUUCAGUCUAGAAACAUGAAGCAAUGUGGUACGGCGCGCAUGUUCAUAAUUAAGUUCACAGAUUUCACAGAUGCAUCUAUGAUUAUGUACAAUUGUUUAAUGUUUAAAGCCAAGUGGUUGAAACCUUUUAAGAAAUCUGAAGAUAAAUUGAAAGUACGUCUCCGUUCCUCAAAUUUCGAGUCACUGCACGCGUCCAUCAGUGAACUGCCCUAUGAAGGUGGCAAGCACUGCAUGCUUCUUAUAAGACCUCAUAGCGGAUAUGAUCUCAAACAAGUUUCCAGAAAGCUCAGAGAAGAAUCAUUGAGGAAAAUCCUUAGUAAAAUUCAUCGUGAAGCCUACGAGUUUGGAUUGAAAGAGGUCGAGUUACCAGAGGGUGAGAUCAAGUCACAUGUUAUUUUAAACAAAUCAUUAAUGAAUAUGGGGCUUUCCGAUGUUUUUGAUCAGAAUUCAUCCAAUUUCGACGAGUUAGCUGAAGAUAAAAUGUAUAUUGAUGAAAUUGCGCAGCGAGUAUACGUCACGUUUGAACAAUAUGAAAUGAGAGCUGACGCGAUUACCCCAUCGUUUGAACUGGCAAAACCCCCUCAGUUGAGGAGAAUCGUAGUUGAAGACCCGUUUAUUUUCUUAAUAAUGGAGACAACUACGGGUACUAUACUUUUUGGUGGAUCUUAUUCUACAAAAGAUACAUAUUUGAUGGGCUGAGUCGCCACAGGUCGUGUAAAUAUUUAUAGAGCUCUAGUUUUCUAGGAUAUGGUGCGGUGCAGUCAAAUACAGCCCGUUAGUUUAGUAUGGUUAUAUUAUUAAAUAGUGAAUAAAUCGAAAGUCCAACUAAUAUUAUAGA